AUGACUAAAGCCAUAGGUCUUGUUAUCUUUAUGAUCGUCCUCGUUUUAGGAAUAAUGAUGGGAGAGACGCAAGGACAAGAAAUGUGUCAUGAUCUUCCAAUGAGAGGUCAAAACUGUGUCGAUGACACCUGUGCCACUCUCUGUAAGCAAAAAUGGAAUGGAAGUGGCUUGUGCUUCCCAAAUGGACAAAUAAAGGACUGCCUCUGCACGUUUCCUUGCAAAUCUUGA